AUGACUCGCUUGCCUGCCUCUCCCGAGGCCGCCCCAAGACCCCCAUCUCGCUACACCAUUAGCGUUGGCCAUUCUGCCACCCGCCUACCCGAGGCCGAGGAAGACCCUCACCUUGAAGAAGCCAGAGCCGCAAUGCGGGAGGCAGGCAAUAGAGAGCUGGCCCGUGGCCGUGAAGGACCUGACCAGCUGGUUAGAAUGAUUGCCAUUACCGCGGUUGAGGGUAUCAACCAAGCCGCCAGACUGAGCUCGCCAGAGGUCCAGUCCGCCCUGGACCGUGCAGCCACCGAUCUCCCCGGUUUUGCCGACCUCUCCUUCCAGCAGUGUCUCAACCUGAUGAUCCUCCUAGCCCAGAUCAUUAAGGAUAAGGAGGCUGAGGCUGACUCCCAUUAG